AUGUCGACGCCGAGCGAUGAGAGGCCGGAGCCUACAUACCAGCCUUCAUAUCAUCUACCCGCAUACAAUGUCAACCCCCACACUGGCAACCCCCACCAUGGCGAACGAUCCUCGGACGAAGAAGGAACGAUCGUCGGAGAUCACAGAGACAACAGCAACCACAGCAACCAGAGAGAACCCCAAUACCACGAAGAAGAAUAUGAUGCACCUAUCGAUCCUCGCGUGCACCGUAUGGGCAGCCAUCUUACGGUCGACACGGCCAACGAUCCUCACUACCACCCUCGCCUGCAUGACAUGACAUCGCCUUCCCAAAACCGAGAAAUGGCCAAUCGACUUGAUGACGACCUGGAGUUGCUCAAGAUCGAAAGACAAGUGUCACACGAUGCCGACAAUGCAACAAGAGAUGGUGCCUCACACUUUGGUCGUCAGGCUUCUAGACGAGACGACCUGAUUGAUGAAUUCGAUGUGGCUACAAACCCAAUCCACGAGCAAACAGCCAUGUAUAAGCCUCCUCAGGACCCUGUUGGCAAGUUCUCCAAGCUGGUCAAGAAGAUCCAUCAUUCGAGUUUUCUGAUCCGCUACAUCACUUACAUUUUACCCGUGGUUCUGAUUCUUCUCAUCCCGCUGAUGAUCGGCGCGUUCGUUAGUCCCGCCACAAAGGCUGUGGUCGGAGGUGUUGAACUCAUGUGGUUCAUGAUUUGGCUGGAGAUUGUCUGGCUCACACUAUGGGCUGGUAGAAUUCUCGCAAAAUGCCUUCCCUACCCGAUUGGACUUUUCUCUACCAUUUUCACCAACAACAGCAAGAAAUGGCGUGAUAUGGGCAAGCAACUCGAACUUCCUGCUACUCUGUUUUUCUGGUGGCUUGGUGUUGAGGUCUCGUUCUUGCCGACCAUGAAGAACCACCAGGCCAACGGAAGCCAUACAACACAACCCUGGAUGGGCACCAUGAACAAGGUCCUGGUAGCCAUCUUCGUCGGCAUGAUUCUCAAUUUUGUCGAGAAGAUUAUCAUUCAACUCAUCGCCAUCAGCUUCCACUUGCGCACAUACGCCGACCGUAUCGAGUUGAACAAGUUCCAGAUCGGCAGUUUGGUCAAGCUCUACACUUUUUCCAAGGCAAAGAUUGCCAUGGAAGACUCGGAGUUCGAACAGCCUUCUGGUAUGGAUUCUGGUACUCGCACCCCUGGUCGUUACCUCCAGGAAGCCCAAAAACAGACAAAAGAAAUCUUCAACAAGGUCGGUGAUGUUGCUGGCAAGAUGGCAGGCGACUUUACUGGAAAAUCUGUCGCAAAGAGCACUCACCCUCACCAAGUUGUCUUGACACUUUUGGGAUCUACCAACGGUAGUCAAGUUCUUGCACGUCGUCUUUACCGUACUUUUGCCAGACCCGAGACCGAGACUGUGUACAACGAUGACCUCAAAAACGCCUUUGAAAACGACGAAGAAGCUGAGGCAGCCUUCUCCAUGUUCGACAAGGAUAUGAACGGUGAUAUUUCAAUGGAGGAACUGGAAGCUGUUUGCGUUGAGAUUGGUCGCGAGCGCAAGUCUAUCACCGCCUCGUUGAAGGAUCUGGAUUCGGUUGUUGGCAAGCUCGACGAUAUGUUCAUGUUCCUGGUUGCCGUCAUCACCAUCCUGGUCUUUAUCUCGCUGAUUUCGACUUCCGCUGCUGGUGUCCUUACUUCAGCUGGCUCUACCGUUCUCGGUCUUUCAUGGCUCUUCUCGGCAACCGCAACAGAAAUUCUGCAGUCCAUCAUCUUCGUCUUUGUCAAGCAUCCUUUCGAUGUUGGAGAUCGUGUUACCAUUUACGGAAGUACUGGUGCCACUAUGACUGGUGAUGACUACUUCGUCAAGGAGAUUGCGCUUCUCUAUACUGAGUUCAAGAAAAUGGAAGGUCAUGUGGUGCAGGCACCCAACAGCUAUCUCAACACCCUUUUCAUUCUCAACCAGCGUCGUUCUGGCGGUCUCGCUGAAGCAGUACCAGUCGUCAUCAAGUUCGGUACCACUCUUGACCAGAUUGAGACUUUGCGUAACCGCCUUCUCGACUUUGUCAAGCAAGAAAAGCGCGAGUACCAGGGCAACAUCCUCACCGAGCUCCGCUCCGUCACCGAAGUGCACUCUCUUACCCUCAACGUCAUCUUCUUCUACAAGUCCAACUGGCAAAACGAAGGUCUUCGCCUUGCACGCAGAAACAAAUUCAUCUGCGCCCUCAUGGUCACCAUGCAAGAAGUUGGUAUCGAAGGUCCUCGCAUGCGUUUCCCUGGUCAAAAGGAGUCCUUCCCUGUAUACAUGCAAAACAUUCCUCACCAGGCUACUCCUGGCAUGGGCCGCAAUGGCCACCCUGACAACCCAACCGGCUGGCAAGAGGGUGAUGGCCAAGAUCCACCAUUCGUCGCUCCCUCUGAAGGCCCUAUCGGCGGCCGCGGGCGUAGCGGUUCCAUCCUCCGUCAAGGCUCCACCGCUCGAGCUCGCCACGAAACCCUCGCACAGAUGGGCAAACGUGUCGACUUUUCCCUCGGCAUGAGCGCAGAGGCAGCAAACAACUACUCCGGCGACGUCUUUGAAGACACGCGCAAGCCGCGCCUCCCCAUCAACAUCACCUCGCCAUCCCCAGACAACCGCAACAGAAAGUCCAACGAAACGCACAGAUCUACCGACACCGGCCGCUCCACCUCCCGCGAUGUUGGGCCUGGCCGCCUCGCGCGCAGAUCCACAGAUACAUCCACGACUUCGCGUCCGCACCACCGUAACCGCUUCUUUGGCCGCGCCCGUGGUAACACAAUGGACGAUCAAGCGAUGAUGGAAAAGGGCAUGGCCGACAUCCCUGAAGAUUCUCCCGGCGGCGCAACCGGCGCCAUCGACCCACGCAGCGGACUCGUCUCGGGAGCAGCAUGGAGAACGCGAACGAAUGAAUCCAAUGUCGUACGCAAAAGCCAAGAAAGACCCAGAACAGGACACACUGCCGAUACAACAGGACACUCUAUCGGUCUUGAUGGCCCACCACAAUUGCAUCCUGGCGAUCCUUCCGUUGAAGAUUUUGAGAUGAAGAGGUUUCACUGA